AUGUGCCUGUGUCUCAAGGGACUUUCCCCGUAUCGAUCACGACUUCCCGCUCCGUGAACGAAGUCUAGCGAAUUCCAGGUGAAUGUGUGUGUAAAGCUCAGCAUUGCGGCAACAGCGAUCAGGCUAUCAUUAAGAGUACUCCGGGAAACACGUUUUUCCAGAGUUAUUCUGUACUAAGGGAAAGAAAACCAGGGAGUUCCAAUCUUCGUUCGGAUAUGUGGACAGGAAGAGGUGUAAAGCUCCUGUAUAAUUUCAUGGAUUAGUGUUACAUUGUGUUUCUUGUAGUGUAGUGGACAUAUUUCGGUCGGUCGGAUUAUAAUUUUGAAGAUCAUUUACCAUUUUACGACGAAACGCUUCUAAUCUACAUUAAACUCCAGAGGCUAAUUCACCCGGUUACAGAAAGAUUGCUGUGACCAAACACCAUCAUGCUUGUGACCGGAUGUGCUUGUCUGUUGGUCCUACAGGUGGCGCUGGUUUCAGCCAUUGAGGUGAACUUGGAUGCUGCUCAAAAUUCAGGAGGACAGGAUGUAUGUAGCGGAGUCAUCUACCUGUCAAAGGACAACUCGUCCCAGGUGGUAGCUACCGAACGUGUUUCCCAUGGCUACUGUGACGUCACAUACCGGGCACUCUCCGACGCCAAGAACCACUGCAACCGUUUGUGCUUCACUCCUAAAAGUGACACAUGUGCCAAACACAUAGACCUCACAAUUGUCGUCUUUUCUCUAGAAAAUAAGAAUAAUGUGAAGAUUUACGGAUGCCAGGACUUCCCUGGAAAGAAGUGGUGCAUGACCACUACGUCGAUGAAGGUCGCUGUACUGGAGCAUACGAGAAGCGUCGCUACAAAGCCUGCCGACCAGAUCUACAAGUUCUCGGCCGACGUAAAGGCGGAUUGCACGCAGAUCAAAGACAUUUUCUCUAAAGAAUGGGUCACCUCUAACGAGACCAAGCGAUACAGAGCUAAGGUGGAGGGGAUCGUCGUUGGCUGCUGUCUUGCCCUCAUCUUCCUAGUCGUUCUUUGUGUCAUGGUCUUCUAUUAUAAAUCCAAACCCAACCAGAACCCUCUGGACGACAAUACCGUCAAGGUCAAAGUGUCUGCUUUCACCGGUAUCCGAGAAACCUUAAAGGUGGGGAAAAGGAAACGCAAGCCAUCCAAACGUAAUUCGAGACCGCCUUCACGUCAGCCAUCACUCAUGUCAAAUCGUUCGGGUAUUUCCGCCAGUUACGAAGCUGCCCGAAGAAUGUCGGAACCAAGAACGGAACUCACCCCACCGGAAAUGAUGCUGGUACCAAAUGGAACUGAAGUGACUGAUUCUACAUCCACACUUCCGGUGGAGUCAGAAACGAAACCACUGUGUGCCGACAUUCCAUAGGUUAACUUUAAGGUGGGGUAAUAUGUGAAAAAAAUUAAACGUCCGAGUCCAUUCCACAAUCCCAUAAAAAGGCUGGACAUCACCAGGGCAUAUGGUUACGAUGAAAAUAGUUUACAGCAGUGUAGGAAGUUUAAUAAGGGGGUGCUAUGAAAUUAUGUUAUUGGGAAAGCAAAAACUUUAUUGAAACAGACUCUAAUUUAUUAUUCGAGUAAGAAUACAUAACGUGAUCUUUGAUUAAUCAAUCCCCUUGUAUUUUCUAUUGUUCCCUGUGCCCAUCUGAUAAGUCAGGUUUUGUAAGCCAAGAAAAAUAACUCUACUAACAUCAGAAUAAUUCAGACAAGGGGAGAUAAUACAAUUAUUUUACAUUCUAUGCAUGGAUGAAGCUUCGCUCAAAAUUACGGAUUUGGACACUUAGCUAGGAAAAAUUAAGACUGUGUCUUUUUCACAUUUAAAAAUGAAUUUUCAUUCAAUGUGUUGAUGAGUGACAGAGUUUGCUGUUUUUUAUUAAAACUUUGAGAUUUUUUUUGAAAACGAAUGAUUUUACCCUUGUUUUAAAUUUGUUUUCCGUAUUUACAUGUAUAUAUUCAAAUACACGUGUUUGAUAUUUAAUGUCUUGUUAAAAUGUGAGUAUAAUACGGGAUUUAGACACAAUUAGUAAUCGCAAUUCAUCAACAAAACUUAUACUGACGAUUUUAAUCCAAUGCAUCGAUUCAUCUAAAAAAAACUUCGAAUAGUUCUCUUCGAUUUGUUUCGUUCUGAGAAAAAACUAUUGGUUACUAUGUUCAAAUUUUAUGAGUGUUAACUAAAAAGAGGAUGGCCAGCGAUCUUUUUAUAAGUAUAAUUUAAGUGUAAAACAGCAUAAUACACAAUACACUUCCAAAAUACAAUCAAAGUAUAUAUAGGAUGUGUGAUAUGUUAUCUACUUUGCUUUAGAGCAGUUUAUGGUCCUGAAAUAUAGUAUAAAACUUAUUAAGUUUAUUAAUGAUUACAACUAAGUAUUUGUUACUGUGGAAGUGUAUGUAGUGAGGAUAUAUUGCGGGUCUACAUGGUACGAAAGGAUGUGGUUAAGAUAUCGAUAAUUAGAGCAUGGUUUUAAUUAGAUUUUAGUCAGCCUAUGAAGAAUCAUUUUUGAUAAUUGAAUGAUGUUCAUAUCACUUUAAGGUCGAGUUGUUUGUUCUACUGUUUUAAUAUAUACGUGUGUAUCGUACAAAUGCCAGUAUGACAUUUGAAAGAGUGUGUUAUGAGGUCAUGUCUUAUGCAAAGAUAUUAUGUGAAAUCUUUUGUAUUUUUGCACCCAAUUUUUCAAUAUUCAGAUUUUUAUCUUCCAUUUGUAUUAAUGUUACAUUGACUGAUGUCAUUGUUACAUUUCUGUAUAUAUAUGUAUACAUGUAUUCAUGUGUUACUCAGCGCAUUGCUUUCUUGUUUUUAAUAUAACCGCCUGUAAUGCCCUGAAGCCCCUGGGAUUCUCCCCUGUAAUACCCUGAAGCCCCUGGGAUUAUCCCCUGUUUGCCCUGAAGCCCCUGGGAUUAUCCCCUGUUUGCCCUGAAGCCCCUGGGAUUCUCCCCUGUAAUGCCCUGAAGCCCCUGGGAUUCUCCCCUGUAUUGCCCUGAAGCCCCUGGGAUUCUCCCCUGUAAUACCCUGAAGCCCCUGGGAUUCUCCCCUGUAAUACCCUGAAGCCCCUGGGAUUCUCCCCUGUAAUGCCCUGAAGCCCCUGGGAUUCUCCCCAGGAAUUGUAUUGUAAUACAUAACAGUGAUGGCCAUUGUGAGCCUGAACUUUGCGCAACAUCUCGGUCUAUUCCGUGUAGGCUCAGAAUUGACGAUUUAGCAGAUAUGUUUAAAUUUUCAUUUACCGCGUCUCUUUUGACAAAGGGAGGUAUCUUCUACCUUGAAAACAUUUCGUUAAACUGAAAUAAAGAGAAAAAGAAUGCAAAAACUCUGUCUAAAGAAAAUAUCAAAAAGUCAAUUUAAGCGACCAGACAAUAUUCGCACUUUACGAAAAUAUUGUAGAAUUAUUUCCCUUUGAUUAUUAAAUCAGGUAAUGAUACUCUGUCUGUUCCUAAUUGUGGUAAUUGUUAUACUGUGUAGAGAGCUUUAUAUAUAAAGAUGAUAUGAUUUUGAGAAAGUUAGUGUUUAUUUUGUUUUUGCUCUUAUUAUUAAUCCAAUAUGUCCCUUCCUAAAGUUUAAUUGUCAACUUUUUAUACUUGCCAGAUUAAGAAUGACUUUAUUGAAGAGGUCUGGUUAUGGUACGACAGUUACGUCACAAUUACAAGUAAAUACAUUGUGUAUUUGCAUUAAAAAUCAAAAAACAAUAUUUUACCGCCAAUAAUAUUACAUUUGUCCCGACCUGUAAAAACCUUUGUUUCCCAUUUCCCCCAUCAGUUGGUACACGUAAGCUCCUCGGGUAUUCCGUCUAGGUCCACUGAUGUUAAGAUAUAUGGAAGUAAAAUUGGGGCAUUAUUUGUAAACGGCUUCCUUAAAUUGUGACGUACCGUCUACACCAUAAUCAGGCCAGUGUACAUAAUAGGGAGUUUUAUAACAUCUCAUUACAUCUGAUCAUUUGGCCAUAAAUACCAUCUGAUUCCGUGUUGUAUGCGAGUCUAAUAAUUAUCGUAUUCAUUGUAUGAUAAUGAACAGUUACCAUGACAAUAUUGACUAAGUUGAUAAAUUAUCGGUUGUAUAACAAUAAGUUUCCAUGUCUAAUUAAUUCAUAUUGUGACACAAUCGAUAACGCACACCAACACCAGAACCGUGACCCAGUCGGGAAAUUCCGGCAUAUAUCGGUAUCAUAUAACGGAUUUUACCGAUGAUUAUCGAAAUGGGUCUUAGUAGUUUUAUCGAAAUGGGUCUUAGUAGUUUUUGUCUGUUGUGUGCAUACGAGAACAAAUUAUUUACUCGUGUCAAAACUUAUUUGUUACAUUUUCAUACACAAAACUAUAAUAUGUCUCAUCCGCUUCCUUUGUACAUACAAUGUAGGUUUACCAAAUCGAUUUUGUCUAACCAAGAAAUACGAGAGCAUUUGGCAUCAUUACUCGUUUGCUUGUUUGUUUGUUUUUUCAAUAAUGUGGCUGGGAUUAACAAUCAAUAUACAUUUUAUUCAUCUUGCUAUAUUCUUCAAAUGUAAUAUAAGAUAAAAAAUAUAUUAACAUUUUUCCCAAAUUUCUUAUUUUUGUCUUUAUUUAUAUUAAGCAUAACUGUGCCACUCAAAAGAAACAUUCUCUAUAAUCAUUAAUACAAAGUGCAGAAUUUUAUCAUACAAAGCUAUGACACUCAAUACCAGAAAAUUCUUUGUCAAAAAAGGUGAAUGGUCCCGAAUGAUUUGCCUUGGAACAUCUAAAGUCAUAAUAUACUUAGAUGCUAAUUUAAAGGAACAGUAAACAGUAAUGUUGACUGUAUAAAAUAGAAGAAUAGAAUGCAAUGUCUGUAACCACCGACAAUUUCAUUAUGACGUCACAUCGUCAUUUAAUGACGUCAUAAUCAAAAGUGAGACGAUCUAACCAAUCAGACCGUCGUAAACAAAUUAAUGAUGAUAUUAGUAUGUAAGAUAAUCAGGCAACCAAGACUUAUUGGGUAAACGUUUCCUCAGAGAAACUUAAUGAAGUAUUUACGAGUCUUUUUAAGAGAAUAUAUUCAAUUACUCGUCGAACAUUGACUCAAUCAAAAACUGGUAACACUUUGUGGUGAAAUCCUUGUUGUAUAUAACUUACAUUGAAUUUCUCUGCUACAUUUAUUUGUAUGUCAAACAUUUUGGAUUAUUUAAGUUAGUCAAGAACAUUUUAACUUUUCCUUUCUUCUGGCUUGAAUUGUAUUGCUAUUAAAGACAUUUCUAAUA